CCUGAAAAGUAAAAAAUAAUGAGAAGAAACGUACGACGGGAAGUGGAGACCACCGGCACAACGCCGAAUUCCAGCUAAAGUUCUGGCAAAUUUUAAUGAACAGUUCCUCUUUUUAAAUUAUAGAUUCGUAUACUUUCUGCAUCUAUUUAUAUAACCGGCAUACCCUAGGGUUCGAUCAUGAAGCCGAAGUCGUUACCUGGCUGCGCUCAUGGACGAGUACCGGCAGAGUUUCAGCCGUCCGGGCGCCGAGCGGAGGCUAGAUCAGAUAGUGAGCGGGAAGAGCUUCAGCGCCGCCAACCAGAUCCAGAUGUGCGCGACGAACCGGCCUCGAUCCCCGGAUCUGCACGCGCUUCCUGCUCCUGCGACGAAGCCGUGGGGAUUCAACGAUCCAGAGAUGAAGCGACGGAGGCGAAUAGCGAGGUACAAGGUUUACAGUGUGGAAGGGAGGGUUAAGGCUUGCGUACGGAAGGGGUUGCGUUGGAUCAAGAACAAGUGCUCUGAGAUCGUCCAUGGCUUCUAAAUGAAUCUGAGCUCAUUGCCACAAUCACAAGAAUGAAACCAACGGUUCAAUGUUUUUUCUUUUCCUCCUCUUGUUUCAUAUUAUGUUAUUGUGUAAACAACAAUCAUUGCAAUGACGAAAAUAACCUCGAAAUUGAAAUUGUGCCUGGUCCGAUGAUUUUAUCUGGACAACAUUUGAGUAUUUGUCAGAUGCGGGAGUUUUGAAACAUCUC